AAGAUUUUAUGAAUGAAUCACGCGUGUCAUUUCAGUCCUCCUGUGUCGUGGAUUGUUGACCGUAACAAAUAUAAACCUGUGAAAUAACAACGAACCCGUGAUCCGCUUGACGCGUGAGGGAGAUCCGCGUGUUUAUUUUAGUAUAUCUUCCCCCGCCGCGCGAGUAAAUGGUUCAGUCUACUCUGCCGCGAGCUGUUUGUUCAUCCGCCGCCGCCGCUGAACGGACCUUAUGAACGGAUCCGCUCACUGUUUUACGGUUUACGACGCGAGGAAAAAAAUCACAAGCUUGACGUGUCCUCGCUGCGGCGAUCCACGCGUGUUUGGGGUUUUCAUCACACGGGUUACUAGUUGGGUUUUCACGCGCUUGGUCCGGUCGUGUAACAGCGAUAGAGGAGAAGAGUGACGGUGUGUCGAGUCCCAUGUUGCAGCCGAACCACGACGAACAUGCGCGCGCUAAAGAUCCGGUGAAGUACGGUGAACUGGUGAUCCUCGGGUAUAAUGGCUCACUGCCAGGCGGAGAUCACGGCCGGAAAAGGAGCCGCUUUGCUCUUUUCAGGAGGGCAAAAGCAAACGGCGUCAAGCCGAGCGCUGUGCACAUCCUCAGCAAUCCACACGACAGCAAGGCGGUUAACAGCAGGGGUCAGCACAGCAUCUCAUUUACUCUCUCCAGGAAUCAGACGGUGGUGGUGGAAUAUUGUCAUGACAACAACACUGAUAUGUUUCAGAUUGGACGCUCUACAGAGAGCCCUAUAGAUUUCGUGGUGACGGAUACACCCGGCGGAUCAAAGGAGAGCGAAGAAUCAUCAUCUGCACCCAGCACCAUCUCCCGCUUCGCCUGCAGGGUGGUGUGUGACCGAAACCCACCGUACACCGCCCGAAUCUAUGCUGCUGGCUUUGAUUCCUCCAAAAACAUCUUUCUUGGGGAAAAAGCUACAAAAUGGAAGAAUCCGGAUGGUCACAUGGACGGACUCACGACCAAUGGGGUGCUUGUAAUGCAUCCUCAGGGUUUCCCUGAAGAACCCAGGCAGGGUCUAUGGAGAGAGAUAUCCGUCUGUGGACACGUCUACGCCCUCCGAGAGACCCGAUCCGGUCCUAUACGUGGACAACUGGCUCAAGGAGAAAGCAGCGCGCUGCAGGACGGCUCUCUGGUGGAUCUCUGUGGUGCCACGCUCCUGUGGCGCACCGCCGAAGGUCUGCUGAAAGCUCCCACCCUGAGACACCUGGACGCCCUCCGUCUGGAGCUGAACGCCGCUCGGCCGCAGUGUCCCGUGGGUCUGAGCACGCUGGCCUUCCCCAGCCUCCCUCGCAGUCACAGUCUGGAGGAGCGUCAGCCGUGGGCUUACCUGUCCUGCGGUCACGUUCACGGCAGACACGACUGGGGCCAGCGACCCGAACGUCACAGGGAACGAGAGGAGGGGUCCUGCGGAGGCACCGGCGGCCGUCGGGAGUGCCCUCUCUGUCGCACGGUCGGCCCUUACGUUCCUCUCUGGUUGGGCUGCGAGCCCGCCUUCUACGUGGACGCGGGCGCCCCCACUCACGCCUUCGUGCCCUGCGGUCACGUGUGCUCGGAGAAGACGGUCAGGUAUUGGGCGGAGACGUCGCUGCCUCACGGGACCCACGCCUUCCGACCCACGUGUCCUUUCUGCUCGGCCCCAUUGUCGGGCGGUCCCGGUUACACGCGCCUCAUUUUCCAGGGUCCGAUCGAUUGAUAAGGUGGCCGAAGGAGGGGAGGAGUGGGGCUUUAGUUUCGUCAGGGGCUGCGAUGUUUACGCCGAUGUGUAGUUUCUGUUACGCGCGCAAUUCUCUCGCCAUUGGUGAGUUAUGCUGCCUUCAAGUCAAAAUGACCGAAUCUACGAGAUGUCCGUUACCUUGUUACCGUGUUGUAUGUAUGAAAAAACCUCUGCAUUCUCCUCGAGUGCUAACUUCUUGUGAAAGCAACCAGGUCACAGGAAAAUCCUUUACCAAUAUAUAAAUCCAAGUAUUAUUUCCAAAUGUAAAUGUUAUGCAAGUCCUGAGAGCUCCUGAAAAGAAAAGCUCCGCUUCAUAGUGACACUAGACAGUUUUUGAUAUUUUCAGUAGCGUGACAAUAAUUCAGCUGUAACAGUAACGGUGCUUUCUGCAGAUUUUUUUUUUGCCUUUUGCAUCUGAAGUAGUUUGAAAGUGCCUGCAAUAAUAUUCUUUGUAAUAUCAGAACAUUAAAAUAAAUGGCCAUUGAUAAUGUGUGACCUGUGCUGGCAAAUUGAGUCAGAAUCAGCACAUUUUUAAAAAUGAGUUAUAUUUUGACAUUCUCUAUUAAAUAAACUUCAAAACAAUGUAUGAUUUGUUGGAAAGUCAGCAAAGACAAACUCACCACAUCCAUACCUUAAACUCACCGGAAGACUAGUAGAUUUAGCACAUACAAUCAAAAACUAUAUCUAUAGGAAAAAUAUAUGUUCAACUUUUUUCUUUCUUUCAUUGUUUGAUUGACAUUUUUAAGAUCUACUGUAAUGCAAUGAUCUAAUAUAAUCUUACACAUCAGAUCCCCAACAGUUAACAAACUUUAUUUUGUGUAUUUGGUAUAAUACAAUGUGUUUGUGUGUUUUAUGGUUUAAAUAACGCAUUAUUUUCUACAUAGCAUACAUUUUUGUAGCUCCAGAUAUCCUGUCUUUCUCAAAUGCACGGAUUUUGUACAAAACUCAUCGAUCUGAAAAGCGUUGUGUCCCUGAUUGGCCAGCUAAUCUGUACAUUGUGAUUGGUCCGAAUACCUCUGAUGUCAGCAGGAAAUGUGACGCUCCUUACCAUGUUUGAAAGAUUGGGUUGCUAACAGGAGUUAACUUACAGGCUGUGAGUCAAAGUGGGAGGGAUUAUGAUAAUGUCGGUCUUUACUACAUCACCAAUCCCAGGAAGUAAACUUCCUACAAUCCGUGUGUUUGUUGUAGUCCAAGAAAAGAGAUUUAAGUUGUAGACGAUAACUCGCGUCAUCAUUUACUUUGGUGUUUGUACCUUUUGCAUAUCGUUAACAUGAACUAAUACACACUUACACACCAAAAGAAAUGAAAAAUUGUGAAUCUGACAAUAGGUGCUCCUUAAAACUGUAAUUCUGUGUAGAUAUCAAUAUAUCUGUGUGCAUGCUUCAGAUCUGUCAGUCAGCGUGAGAGAUCGUUUUCAUGUCAUAUCUCUCUUAAUAACUCUUUAAACAUCAAACAAGUCCUGCACUUUGUUUUCUAAUUUCUGCAUGUUUGAAAAUCCAAACCAAAAUCUCAGACGUGCAUUUGGAUGGGGACGCAUCUUUGUAUUAGAUUAAGCAUUUAGGAUGAUACACAUCUCAGAAAACAUACAAAUAAAGAUCAUUUUAGAUGUUUAAUGACUGUUUAGAGCAUUGAAAUUGCUAGAUGAGGGCUUAAAGGCGGAGUCCACGAUGUUUGAAAAACGCGUUGGAAAAGGAGACGGGCCGACUACCAAAACACACUUAUAGCCAAUCAAAUCAAAUCAAAUGCCGGGUUGCGUAUGUGUGGGGCGGGUCUAUCAAUAGAAGGUCCAGAUUCUAUUGGGGUAGGGGCGUGUUUGUUUAGGUGAUUUCAAAUAUAAACAUUGGCUUUCAAACAUCAUUGACUCCGCCUUUAAUGUACUUAUUUUUACGAAAACUUGACAUUUAUUCUUUCUUUUGCCUUUAGCUCAAAAUUCGACAGAGAACAUUCAGACUCAUUUUGCCAUCACAGGUCUAAGUCCCUUUUGAGUAGUUAGUUAUUAACUUACUCUAACUAAAUACUUGACUGUAGUUUUCCCAGCACUGUGAUUGGUUGUAUUGAUGUUCACUUAAGAACGCACUCUCUUGUGCUCAUUGUUUUAAAGCCUGCAGUCGUUUUGGCCGAAAUCAUCUUAUUUACGUCAUUCAAAUUACAAUCAAUGAACUUCAUAAGAGGACUUGAAGGCAGCAUGUGUUUUAUAGGGACAGUUCACCCAAAAAUUUAAAUUCUGUCAUCAUUUACUCACUCUUGUGGUAGGGUAGUACACAGUUGAUGGUACCCAUUGACUCUCAUAGUAGGAAUAACAAAUACUAUAAAGUCAAUAGAUGCCAUCAGCUGUGUCAUUAAUCCUUCUUUUGUGUUCAACAGAGUAAAGAAACUCUUACAGAUUUCAAUCAAACACGAAGAAAUGAUGACAGAAUUGUUAUUUUUGGAUGACCUUUAACUUCAGCCUUUAACCGUUUCCAAAGAAAUCCAGUAUUGUGCCGUAACCCUAAUCACAUGUUGAGUCUGUGAAGUGGUGAAAUCAGACGAUUGGGAUGGUUUGAGAUCGUUGCCUCCUUUCCGCCCCUCUACGGCCGCCUUGACUUAAGUACAUGAGACUGAACCCAUCUCACACUAGAAACACAAACACACACUACACUAGUAAGUUUAAAAUCCUUUAGAUGACUUGAUUUCUAGCAAUAAACCGUAUGGAAUGAAGCUAUUAGAUAACACUAGAGAAAUGCAAACGGUUGGAGCCACGUGCUUCCUAUAGCUUAUCUUAAACCUGGCCUUCAUAUGAAGGGCUUUACGGUUCUUUUAGCCCUUGGGAUUUUCUUUUGUAUUCUUUCACUUUUUCUUUCUUUCUUUUCUGAUGUUUUAGCAUUUAAAUGACGAGUCGAUGUUGGCGUAUGUAUCGUAGUCGUUUGAAAUGAUGUCAUAUUUUUCUACAUGACUGUGUUACUAAACUUUUGACCCAAGGUCAGAUUGUUUUCUAUACGGUGUGUAACAGUAUAUAGAUUAUAUAAAUAUAUAUAUAUAUAAAUAUAUAUUAUUUUAUGUACAUGAUAUGUUUGGAGUCCAGGAGAUCUUACUGGAAAUGACGUAAUGACUCUCACUGUGCUCAGUCCGAGACGAAGAUGAAGAAGACGAUGGAGGCCAGUAUACGAUCUUAUGAUGACCAAUCUGAUGAAUGUACAAUUCCAGUGCUUGCUUUCUCUGAUCCUCCUGGUGCUAGCGUUCAUUUCAAAUAUUUUCCUUUAUUUUUUAAAGCUGAACUAACUACACUCCUGUAAAGUAUUGGAUUGUCUCACUUGAUAAAGGUGAGGCGGGUAUAUAGACGGGUGUAUAAAGUGUUUUAGCGUAUCUCUCUCACAUACACACACACGUAUGCCUGCACAUUCACACUGUGCACAUCUCAAUGUUAUAACUGAAGCACUUGACUAAGCUUUGUAUUGCAGGGUUAGAAAACGCUCAACUUUACCUCACGAGCUUUAGAUGAGACCUCAGUUGAAGACCUGAUUAUUUUUUUAUUGAAGGAAAGAUUGACCAUAAGCAGUUGGGAUGAUUUUUUGCCUUUUCUAAAGUACGUACUGUUCCCUGGACAUCAGCAGAAGAUCGGGUGUGCGGGGCUUCGCUGCGCUCCGACACUCGUAUCCAUCCGAACCUGUACGCUGGGAUUUAUUUCCCAGUGAAAUUCACCAUGGCACCUGUGAGCUUCGUGUCCCAGGCUAAUAUAACGGCAAACUGGUUUGGAAAGAGACACACGGUCAGUUUCUGUGUGAUCUGUUACUCUUCUGCACAUUGAUCCGGUGUUAUAGACACAUCAUUAUAAUCUAUGCUUCAAUGAGACGUCUUGUACUGUAACUGUGUGGCGUUAGAGUCUUCCAGACAACCUCCAGAUAAUGCUGUUCAAGUCCCAUUCUUGAUCUGGGAACAGGUCACCUCAGGUUUACACGAGUCAAAGUUUACAAACGUACCACCACCACCACCAGGGUCUGAGUGUCCAGCGCGUGUGCCUGUAUGGCGUUCCUUCAGAUUUUUGGUCUGAGAAAUGACACACUGGAUCUGUUGACUUCAUCCUGAUGGUCUUUUGUAUAUUCUUCACACACUGGAUGCUUUCAAUCUCUAUUAAAAGAAAGAAAGAAAAGUCUGGGAUUGGGGUUGAUGAUUGAAAUGUGAUCUGUUGAGUGUUGUCAGAUUUGUGUUCAAUAUGAAUGAGAUGUGAAACUACUGCACCUUGUGUUUGAUUCAUUUAAUAAACCUCUUUAUCAGACUCGAACCUCCAGACUUUAGCGGCACUGCCACACUGCACGACCGACCGCUCGUCCAAACACAUCACGAGACAAACCCAAGGUGCACUGACAAUCACAUUACAUGAAUAAAAGUCAUCUUUUUCCAAAUA